GUCACCUAACUCCCCCUAGUAACCCUCGGCGGCGUCUCGGAAGAUAGCCGGAGAAUUACAAGAUGGGUUUGCUGUCAAUCCUUAGAAAACUAAAGAGUGCCCCUGACCAGGAGGUCCGUAUUCUGCUGCUGGGAUUAGACAACGGUGGGAAAACAACACUUCUAAAACAGCUGGCUUCUGAAGAUAUAAAUCACAUCACACCAACACAGGGCUUUAACAUUAAGAGUGUGCAGUCUCAGGGCUUCAAACUGAAUGUCUGGGACAUUGGAGGCCAGAGGAAGAUUCGGCCGUACUGGAGAAACUACUUUGAAAAUACAGAUGUGCUUAUUUAUGUCAUAGACAGUGCAGACAGGAAGAGAUUUGAAGAAACAGGACAGGAGUUAUCUGAGCUACUGGAUGAAGAGAAACUCAAUGGCGUGCCUGUUUUAAUCUUUGCCAACAAGCAAGACCUGCUGACAGCGGCUCCAGCCUCUGAGAUCGCUGAGGGCCUGAACCUGCACACCAUUCGGGACCGCAUGUGGCAAAUCCAGUCCUGCUCCGCUCUUACAGGAGAGGGAGUUCAAGAUGGUAUGAAUUGGCUCUGCAAGAAUGUCACUGCAAAGAAGAAGUAGUGACUCAAGCUCCUUCUGUUCACCGAUCCAGAGAAUGUGAAAAACUCUGUGGGCUGUAUGGAUUCUCUACCAGCUUGUUAAAUGGAGGUGAACCCAGAUGCCAGCUGGCGAUGUUCAGGGGAAUGUUUCUGACCCUAACCCAUUGGGGCCACCUAAGCUAUCACCAUUCUCUCUGUCAUUCUCGUUUCCAGUUACUCUGUAAACACUGUGCAAUAGCAUGUUGUUCUUUAUAAUAUUACAGUCAACCACUGAAGUUGUGUGUGUGUGUGUGUGUUAGAUCUAGUUUGGCAUCAAUUCUUGGAACAUAUAUUUUUCCACAUCACAGAUUUCUAAGACUUGUUUGUUCUAGAUGUUUUAUACUAUGCUAGAUUUUAUUACAGGCUGUUGCAUUACAAAUAGAAAGCAUUACUUGCAUAGCCUGUGUCUGCUUUUGCUGGCUUGAACCGCAACGUUAUGAAAGCCAAUCUGUCAAAUAUUUAUCUGAGAGGUGAAUAUAGAGCUAAAUCACAUUGCAAAGCAGUCAACCCAGAGUUAGUUGACAGGUGUGCUUGUAACAGGUUUAACAAGCUUAAGCAUCUGGUUGUUGCAGUAGAGGCUCUUUGUAUUUAUGAGGGCAAAAGCAUUAAUUUCACAUGAUGUCCUUGUAAAUGAACAGUUAGAAGAUCUCUUUUACAAACAGGAAAUGGGUUAAGAGCAGGUGGUGCUGUAGCAAAACCGUUUUUAUAGCCUCUAAAGAUUUUUAAUCAUGUCUUGU